GGAUGGGAAGGAAGUGACGCCGGUGUCUGACAUUCCUGUAGAAACCCACCGAGCGAUUGCUACUUGCCACUCUCUUGUGCAGUUGGAUGAUGGGACGCUGGUGGGCGAUCCGUUGGAGAAGGCAAUGCUGAUGGCCGUGGACUGGACCCUGACCAAAGAUGAGAAAGUUUUCCCCAGAAGUAUUAAAACUCAGGGACUGAAAAUUCACCAGCGCUUUCAUUUUGCCAGUGCCCUGAAAAGAAUGUCUGUCUUGGCGUCCUACGAGAAGAUCGGCUCCGCUGAUCUCUGUUACAUUGCAGCUGUGAAAGGGGCCCCGGAGACGCUGCGCAGCAUGCUGUCUCAGUGCCCCAGCAACUAUCACGCUGUCCACACGGAAAUUUCACAUGAGGGGGCGCGAGUGCUGGCCCUUGGCUACAAAGAACUGGGGCACCUCACGCAUAAGCAGGUGAGAGAGAUGAAACGUGAAGCUUUGGAGUGUGAUCUUCGAUUUGUUGGAUUCAUUGUGGUGUCCUGUCCCCUCAAAGCUGACUCCAAGUCUGUCAUCAGGGAGAUCCAGAAUGCGUCGCACCACGUAGUGAUGAUAACAGGAGACAAUCCCCUCACUGCCUGCCACGUGGCCCGGGAGCUGCACUUCCUGCAGAGAGAGCACACCCUCAUCCUGCAGCCUCCUGUGAGCAAAGACUCCAGCUGGCAGUGGCAGUCUGUUGACGGUGCCGUCGUGCUCCCAACGUUGCCAAGCUCCUUGCGAGAGCUGACGCAGCGAUAUGACCUGUGUGUCACUGGGGAAGGCCUCUCUCACCUGCAGACUGUGAACAGGCAGCAGCUGCUGAAGCUCAUCCCGCACAUCCAGGUGUUUGCCAGAGUGGUGCCAAAGCAGAAGGAGUUUGUCAUCACCACUCUGAAGAGCCUGGGCUACGUCACGCUGAUGUGUGGGGAUGGAACCAACGACGUCGGAGCUCUGAAACACGCGGAUGUGGGAGUGGCACUGUUGGCAAACGCUCCCGAGAGGCUUCCCGAACGGAAGAAGAGAUCUCGAGACGGACCCGGCGAUGGGAGGCCUGCUUUGCCGGCCAUGGGAAGUGGGACUGUGAAGCCCACCUCCCGGGGUGCCAAGCACCGAGUCCUGUCCCAGCGAGAGGAGCAGCUGGCCAUCCAGAGGGAGCGGAUCAGUCAGGUCCUGAAGGAUUUGGAAGAGGAGCGUGUGCCAGUCGUGAAGCUGGGCGACGCCAGCAUUGCAGCCCCCUUUACCUCCAAGCUCUCUUCCAUUCAGUGCAUCUGCCACGUGAUCAAGCAAGGUCGUUGCACGCUAGUGACAACGCUCCAAAUGUUCAAGAUCCUUGCCCUGAAUGCCCUGAUCCUUGCUUACAGCCAGAGCGUCCUCUACUUGGAAGGGGUGAAAUUCAGUGAUUUUCAGGCAACUCUGCAGGGUCUGCUCUUGGCUGGCUGCUUCCUUUUCAUCUCCAGGUCAAAGCCUUUGAAGACUCUUUCCAAGGAGCGCCCACUGCCAAACAUCUUCAACCUCUACACGGUCCUGACGGUGCUGCUGCAGUUCCUUGUGCACUUCCUCAGCCUGGUUUACCUCUACCGCGGCGCCCAGGCGCGCAGCGAUGCCAAGCAGGAGGAGUUUGUGGAUCUGUACAAGGAGUUUGAGCCCAGCCUGGUGAACAGCACCGUCUACAUCAUGUCGAUGGCGAUGCAGAUGGCCACCUUCGCCAUCAACUACAAGGGCCAUCCCUUCAUGGAGAGUCUACAGGAGAACAAGCCUUUGCUGUGGAGCAUCAUCCUUUCGGGACUUGCCAUCGUGGGCCUUCUCACAGGCUCCUCGCCGGAAUUCAAUGAACAGUUUGGCUUGGUGGACAUCCCAACCGAG